AUGUCCGUCCAGCCCGCAUGGGACCUGCUUGUCCAGCGGGAACGCCACCGUGUCGCCUACUCCGCGACAAAACGUCCCAAGACGUCCGCGGAGAAGUUCUACUCGGUCGUCGAAUCCGCUAGUAAUCGCGAGUGUAACCGGUACUCCAAUAUCCUCGCUUAUGACCGGACGGCGGUCACUGUAAAUGAGGACUAUUUGAACGCGAAUGUGGUGAAGGACGGGUAUGGGAGAUGGUGGAUUGCUUCUCAGGCCCCAUUACCCAAUACAUUCGAGACGUUCUUUGACGCCAUUCAUCACAAGGCCGCCUCGAAACACCCCCUCAUCCAGGCAGAGACGGACGGAGCUAUCAUCAUACAGCUCACAGGUGACAGAGAAGCAGGAGCGAGGAAAGCCGACCCAUAUCUCAACGGGUGGCCAGACUUUGGAGUCCCAAAAGGCGAUGGGGUCGAAGCGCUCCGGCGGCUCGUACUGGAGAUUGGCGAGGUCGGGAAGGGUAAGGAGGUCUGGGUACACUGCUCGGCCGGAGUAGGGCGCAGUGGGGCCUUCAUCGCGCUAUCAUCUCUGAUGCUGCCUCGCGGAACGCACGGUGGGCAGACGUCUCCUCUCGGUCCGCUACCCGCCCCAUUUACGGAUGACAAGGUGGCUCAGACGAUCGAUGGGAUGAGGGAGUGGCGAGGAGCGCUUGUGCAGACGAUGGAGCAGCUAGACCUUACAAAGUUGUACCUGCUGCAUCAGAACCUUAUUUUCAACUCCACAUUCCUCGCGCACGGGUCGCGUUCUGUUCUCCAUCUGCGCGCCAAAUUCGUGCUCCCUCCAUCCGCUUCACAUCACUCGCCCAUCAUGCCCGCCUUCAACACAAAGCAGUACCUCACCCACGCAACAUACCACCAAUGUCUCCUCUUCGCAUCCUUCGUCUUUCUCCCCCGCUCCAGUAAAGUCGGGACCCAACGCACCUCCGCCGACCGGCCCGAACACCCCUUCCUCACGCCCAUCACCUACAGCCCGAUCAGGACGAUGGCGUGGUACCUCAUCGGUGCAGGAGUGUGCGCUAUGCUCUGGGGUCAGCAUCUCCGGACUUGGUCCGAAGGGGGAGUCAGGAUCAAAGAUAGGGAUGAGCGCGUCAAGCGGACUGCAACCGGGGUCAGGCUGAAGAUACAGAGAUUGAAGGAUGCGGGGAUAGCUACACUCAUUUCCAUCCCAUGCCUUUUCGUCCUGCUGUACAUACUCGGCGCUCCUUGGAAGUGA